AAGCGAGAGAACCUCUUCCUUCAGGGCUGGAGGGGCCAGAGCGUGCAGCUUCGGCUGAAAACAGCUUUUUGAUCUCACUCCCUCGAGGUACACAAGAGAGUUCCAACGGUUGCCAUUGGAGGGCCCCAUCCAUUUGUAUCAACCUGGAGACUGGGUCCGCAUUCGCGAAUGGCAACAGGAACCUCUCAAGGACAAGUGGAGUGACCCUAAACAGGUCCUGUUGACCACGCAUGCAGCGGCUGUAAAGGUGGACGGGGACGGAGUGUCCAAGUGGAUCCACGCAAACAGACUCAAAGCAGCAUCUCCACCAGUGGAACCAGUGAAGGAAGUAGCCAAGGACCUCCCAACAGCUAAGGGACGAGAGAAAAGCCCUGAAGAAAAGUGGCUAUCGGAGACAGUACCGGGUCUCGGCCUGAAAAUGAAGCUGAGAAGAAGAAUUGAAUAAAAAAAUUGACUGUUUCACCCCAAUCCCAACCGCAUUAGAGACAAAUUAGGCUGGGAUAAUAGGGGGAUCAAUUGGAUUGUUAGUUGUAAUUAUCUUUUUGUAUUUCUUCAGUUGCAAACGUCUCCCCUGAGGAGGGGGUAAAUAGGAGAAACUUCCAGGCCAGUGUUUGAGACUGUAAUAGGCUGGUAUAGGAGUUCUCUCGUAGCUGAUGUGAGAUUUGACAGGGAAAGACUCCUUCGGGGGGAUAACAGGCCCCUUUUCUAUAUUUGGAAAUAUUGCCAACCAGGAUUGUUUGGGGGAGUGUAUGUGAAUAAGAAAGGAGUGGUUCUUGUUUCCCUCACCUAUACUGAAUCCCACCCCUUCUAUUAUCCUUAUGACCGUAGGGAUUAUUUCUUUGAUUUAUGAGACCUGUGAAGGUGGAACCAUGGUUUGGAUAUUUCUAAUUGGGAUGUGGGGAGGUUUUAUCCUGGCCCACACAGCGGAACAUGAGAAUUCAAUCUUAAAUUUGAUGCAAAAGGUGGUAAAGGAAUUUAAUUUCACAAAUUGUUGGGUGUGCAUUCAUGCAGGUGGGAAUAGUGCUUACCUUCUCCCCUUUAGACCCCUGCCUUUAACAGCCUAUGGACAUGUGUACAAUGAAUCUGUUCUACAUGUGCAGCAUGGAAAUGCUAAUAACACUUGGAAAACAUAUAACUUCACCACAAGAAAUAAUUGGUAUUCGGUGGUCCCCAAACUUGGGACAUGGUGCUUCCAAAGAGAACCACGUAGAGGUGAGACCAGCAUACCAGUUGGGACAUCUAAAUGUUCCUUUACUCUUAAAUGGCAUCCAACACCGUUUUGGGAUAAAGGUCUCGAUUGUACUCGUUAUAAAGGGCUAUGGAAUAGUACUCACCUAAAUGGCAUGCAAGGCCUGCCUAGAACAGAAGAUGAAUGUUGGGACGCUCCAAAUUACUUACGUAUGUGUAGGUAUUUGAAUUCAACCUCAUUAUAUUUUGACAAUCUUCAAACUCUGCAAUGGGUAAUGGCAAAUGGCACAGGAAUGAAUGGGUUUAAGGAGUCAUGGUUUGAGCCAGGGCCAUUUUGUCAAGCCCUAGCCAAAACAUUAUCAUGCCAAAGAAAUGAUACCGGACCAAUGCUCUGUUCACACAAGAAUAGUGGAGCAUGGUAUGCUAGAGAAUGGUUUGAUAGCCCUUUUUCUGGAGGAUGGUAUGACCCGAAGAAAGACCGAGGACCUCCUCUUUCAUUCCUUAAUGGAUCUCGACCCUGGGAUAAGGGACCAUUCCCCAAGGGCAUAAAAGCUAGAUUGGGACAUCAUUUUGUUUGCGGCUCUAGGGCAUAUAAAGAACUCCCAGCCAAUUGGACUGGAACUUGUUAUGUGGCCCUAUUACUCCCACCAAUAUCCAUACAUCGUAAUGAGUCCAAUCUUAAAAUCUAUGGUCCAGUCCAUCAGAGGGUAGCACGAGCUGUGAAGAUAGGAGGACUCUGUGGGUAUUUACAUGUCUCAGAAUGUUGUGUACUUGCUGAUGACAAUGGAGACACCUUGGAACAACUUGUGAGAAGGAUGAAGGAAGUGGCAUAUGUUGGACCACAGACAUGGAAUGGGUGGGACUGGAAUUGGAUGACCAAUUGGCUGCUUAAUAUGGGAUGGUUAAGAAGUGUGGUCAUGAUUUUAUGUGUGGUUUUGUUUUGCUAAUUUUACCUUGCUUAAUUCCAUGUAUUCGCUUAAUCAUAUAACGCAUGGUAGAGAGUGUAACACAUAGGCAAAUGAUGAUGAUGUACCAGGGUAUACCACUGGAUGAAGAUGAAAGCCCAAUUCCCUAAAGGCUUUUGAGGGGGGAUUGUGAUACAAGAAGGGACAAGGAAAUAAAUAUAUCUUUCAUGCCUACAGCUUGCAGCCUAACUAUCUGAAGCUUGCUAAAUUUGCUUGCUUGCAUAAAGGCUCACUCAUGUAGGUACUGUCCACUUCCUCUGUGUUAUGUGUCAACAGGAAAGAAUAUACAUAGUAACUGACAUAACUGCAGAGACACGUACGCAUUGGCAAGCAGCCAAAGGGCGGUGGCUCAAUGCAAGUCAAUGAGAGAACUGGAAAAGUACUGCAAAGGGAGGGGGAGCGAGUAACAAAGUAUAUAAGGCAAUUGAAUGUAACGUGCUUCAGACUCUCAACCAUGGGGCAUGAGCCGAUGGUAGAGUCUCCUUUUGCAAAAGCUUGUGGUAAUCAAUAAAGGUGUUGGAUCCUACUUGGUCACCCGUCUGGUGUGCAUUGGGCUUCCACCAGGUGUAAUGAACCAGUUGUGUAACACAUGUGUUUUGUUUAAUAUCUGAUACAUUGCUUCGGAUACUGCAGUCAAUAGAAGCUUGGCAUAUGUCCACCAGAAGCAGGGCAUUUUCAGUAAUGGCAUCAGCUUUGUGGGAUGCCUCCUGCAGCGAAGUGUGCCAGACCCUGACACUAUGUUCUUUCAGGUGUUGAGCCCAAACCCGGCUUUUUAGGAAGCUUUUGGUUAAAUUGAUUUUGCUAUAUUAUACAGCCAUUUAUUUAUUUAUUUGAUUAUUUGAUUUAUAUCCCGCCCUUCCUCCCAGCAGGAGCCCAGACCCAUGAGAGUGGCUUCAGCCAGCAUGGAUUUUUUGCACUCCGCAAUGUUAAAUUGAAAAUACCCCCAUGCCAUUCUGAAGAUUCCCAUAAGCUCAUUUUAAAACAAAACCCUACAAAAGUCCUGAACUCAAAUGCUUGAUUAACAACUCUCUAAAUUUUCAUGGUGAUACACAAAACAGUCAGAGAGAAUUGAGAGUUCAGAGUGUAAAAAAGAGAAUAAAACCAGACCCCUUUUGGACUUUUUUCUGUCAAGAGUUCUUAUAAUUAGUUGAAAUUAAUUAAAAACCAGCCAUGUUCCCAGAGUACCUGUAAUCCUAUUACAGACCUUGCCCCAUACUCUGACCUUCAUCUUCUGCAGUUUAAUAGUUAAAAAAAUCCCUAGCUGAUUUUUAAUUAAUUUAAGAAAUUUAGCAUUGAAGUCUAUCAAAAGCGCAGGCAUGCUCAGUAAGAACCAACUGUCAGUGUUCUAAAAGCCAAGACUCACAGCUGCUGGGCUUGGCUAAUCAGGGGACCACACCCACACCAGACCUUUAUUUCACUUGAGACAAUCAUGGCUUCCCCCAAAGAAUCCUGGGAAGUGUAGUUUGUGAAUGGUGACAGGAGACUCCUAUUCCCCUGACAGAGCUCCAGUGGUCAGAGUGGUUUAACAGUCAGCCACUCUGUUUGAAGCUCUGUGAGGGGAACAGGGCCUCUCCUAGCAACUCUCAGCACCCUUCACUAACUACACUUCUCAGGAUACUUUUUACGAAGCCAUGACUAUGUAAAGUGGAAUAAAAGUCUGGAGUGGAUGUGGCCAGCGACAGCUUUGGUUUAAUUUUAGGUGGGGGACUAUGUGCCCGCUAUAGAAUAAAAAGAUGGGGGAAACACUGAAAAAUGAUACUGUUCACAAUGUUUUCCUUUUGGAAAGGAAAGGGGCUUCCCCUCUGCCCACUCACCCAAUCUCCUCCCAUCCCUGCACCUCCCCCAGGACAGUUUUAUCUAUCCUAAGCAUGAUUGCAGAGGAUUAAAUCCCACUAAACUCAAAGAGCAUGCAAAUGAUCAAACCACCUCCCUCCUCCCAUCACCUCCCUCCCAUCACCUCCCUUUUGCCCCUUCCCUUCCCCUUCCUUUGGCCCUCCUUCCCCAUCCCCUUCCAAUCCCCUCCCUCCUCCUCCUUCCCUUCUCCUUCCUUCUCCCCCAUGGUCAGUUUUACCUAUCUUAAUCAUGAUUGCACAGGAGUAAACCCCACUGAACUCAAUAAGCAUGCAAAUGAUCAGACAUUCCUUUCUCCUCCUUCCCUUCUUCUCUCCCUUCCUCUUCCCUUUUUCCUUUCCUCCCCUCUUCCUUCUUCCUCUUCUCUUCCCCAUGCCAACCUCCCUUUCCUCUUCUCUUCUCCCCCCAUGACCAGUUUUACUUAUCCUAACCAUGAUUGCACAGGAGUAAAUCCCACUGAACUCAAUAAGCAUGCAAAUGAUCAAUCCAUUCUCAGCAAACUCGCACAGGAUCCCAUUUCUUUUCUCUCGGAUUAAAAAGCAGAGAAAUUCACUAAUAGACAAGAACCCUUGCAGUUUAAGAAUCUACCAAUAGCCAACACAUAUUUCUAUCAAACUUUAAAAGGCAGGGAAGUUGGGCAGCUCUAGUGAAUGCACCAGGGGAGCAGGAGACCUGACAUCCUCUCUGAGAUAUUGUACAGUAGGGCCCCGCUAAUACGGCAGGUUAGGGACCAGGCCCCCGCCAUAAAGCGGAACCCCAUAGACUAUAAUGGGAUGCAUCGCGCGAAAAUGACGUCAAAAUGGCAGGCGAUGGAAAAAACCGCCGUAAAAGUGGAACAAGCGCUGUAAGAGUGGGGCCUUUCCCUAAUUGAAAACCGCCGCAUGAACGAAGUGCUGUAAAACGGAACGCCGUAAAGCGGGGCCCUACUGUACUGCCCUACAAAUAAGUCAAAAUGAGCAAACAAUUUGGGUUGGUCUUUCACAGUCCAAUCCAUUUCCUGUGUAGCUUGGAAGAAAUUGGUAACGUGCCUCUGAGCCUAUGGUAAGUGGUGGCAACACCUGCCAUAUCCAAAGAUGGAAAAUUACAUUUGGUGUUCUUCUUACUUUGCUUCCUUUCUGUGUUACUACUGUUUAUGUAGAGAAUCUAACCUAGAAGAUUAUAUUUGUCUCAUUAUUCAUCCUAGAAAUCUGUGUCAAAUUUAUUUCACUAAAAUUUUAUAUUUUAUAUUUUUUUAUUAAUUUCAUUCACUAUCCUCAAAUGCAAAGAUAUAUCACUGAACACUAAAGUCAGGAUUAUUCAGUCCAUGGUAUUUCUGAUCUCUAUGUAUGGAUGUGAAAGUUGGACAGUGAAAAAAGCGGAUAAGAGAAAAAUCAACUCAUUUGAAAUGUGGUGUUGAAGGAGAGCUUUACGCAUACCAUGGACUGCGAAAAAGACAAAGAAUUGGGUGUUAGACCAAAUUAAACCAGAACUAUUGAGGUUAUCAUACUUUGGACACAUGAAGACAUGAUUCAUUAGAAAAGAUAAUGCUGGGGAAAACAGAAGGGAGUAGAAAAAGAGGAAGGCCAAACAAGAGAUGGAUUAAUUCCAUAAAGGAAGCCACAGACCUGAACCUACAAGAUCUGAACAGGGUGGUUCAUGACAGAUGCUCUUGGAGGUCGCUGAUUCAUAGGGUCGCCAUAAGUCGUAGUCGACUUGGAAGCACAUAACAACAACAAUAGCUGCCCAAUUUCCCUGCUUUUUGAAGUUUGAUAGAAAUACCUGUUGGCUAUAGGUACGUUUUUAAACCGCAAGGUUUUUUUUAGUAUUAGUGAAUUUAGGUUUAAGUUGUUAUUUUAACUGAGGUGUUACACAUUUAUUUAUAUGCUGGGAAGGGAUUUUAUUUAUCCUGCUGUUUUCUAUUUUUGUAUUAAUUAUUUUCAUUGUGUGCAUGUUUUUUGUUUUACCAGUUUGUAAUCUGUUUCGGUUGUCAUUGAUAGAAAAAAGUGGGAUAUAAAUUAUUAAAAUAAUAAGUAAAUUCUUAUGUCAGUGGUCUACUUGCAUGAGCAAUGUAUUGUGGGAGGAUGGGACUUUCAGGAGAACAUAACCCUCCUCUGUAGUUAGACAACUGUGAUUUAGGGUGCAGUCUUAUGAUUCGGGGGGGCUAUAUAUUUUGCAGAUCUCCCUCUGGGGUUUGCCCCAGAAGCUUUCUCCCAGGCACUGUGGAAAGUUGUCCUGCUGAUGGUGCUCCAAAGCAGAAGGGGAAAGAAGGGGGCCUGGGGGGCAGAAAAGCCUCCUGUUCCCCUUUCAUACCCCUGAAGUUGAGUGGGAGUAGAAGAGGUAUGCUAGCCUUAAAUAUAUUGUGAGACCAUGAUGUGAAGUUUCCAUUCAUAGUUUCAGUGAAACAAAUUGCAAUCCCUGGAUGGAUGUAAACCUGGGGUUGCCAUUUGUUGCUUGCACUAGGGGAAUAGCAAAAUGGGAGUGAUCUCCGCGUUCAUUAACUAUGGCUUACUAUGACAUAUUUAUGGGGCCUAUGUAUUGUUUAUGUAUUUGAUUUUAUGUGUAAUCUCAGCACAGUUGUAGAUACUAGUAUAAAGAUAGACAAUACAGUUAUACUGUUCAGUGCUACUGUAUAGUGCUACAGUUAAAAGUUCAGCCUCAAAACUUGAAUAGUUUGGGCCUCAGAACAUGUCAUCUUCUAAAAGCAGGUCUGCACCGUUCAUAUAUAAGAUGGAGGGUGAGGGUGGUAUUUAAAGGGUUAUAAUGGAGUGUGUUUGUGGGGAAAGGGGGCUGAAGUUUUUGGUUCCCUGUGAAAUCAGAAGUGUGGGGUCUGAAGCUAUCUGGAUGUCACAUUGCCACCCUGUUUUUUCUUCCUCCUCCUUCUGUAAUUCCAGACAUAUGGAGGCUAGUUAGUGGUGGGAAGUAUUCAGCACAUGGCCAGAGGUUAUUGUGUAUCGUUUCUUGGCGGUAAUGCCCCGUAGUGGAACAUUCAUCCCAGAGAGGUUUGCUCCACAGCUGCUUUGCUAUCAUUUGGGUGCCAGGCAAGGCCCUUUUUAUGUUACCAUGCUUUUUAGUUGCAGUUUUAAUCUUAUGGAUUGUUUUAUGAUGCUUUUACAAUUUUGUGGAUUUUAGCUUACUAUAUUUUUUGUAUUUAACUUUUCUUUUCUUUUCUUUUCUUUUCUUUUUGUAAACUGUCCCUGGAAUAUAAUUGGAGGGUAGCAUAAAAGUACUUAGAACAAAUAAUAACAACUAAAGAAAUUUACUGAUAAACUAUUCCACAAACAGAUUCAGAAGAAAGCAAGGCAAUACAAAGCAAACUGCGAAGUCCAUGCCUUGCUUGCCAUCCUUGACGAACUGCAACCAGACUUGUUGGCUACAAUUAGGGAUGGGAAGUUGUCUCACACAGUUUCUCAUUUUUCCUAUCUUAAAUUUAGUUCUCCACAUUUCUUCAGCAAUUCAUGGUUUUUUUGUAAACAAAAUCCUCAUUAAAAUUUUCCCACAUUUCAGUGUGGAUUUCUCCUAAAGCACAUUUUUGUAGGCAGUUUUGACUAAUGUGCAAAUUUUUGCAAGCAAUUUUUUGUCUUAUAAUGUAUUUUGUAUGUUACUUUUACUCAUACAUUUUUAAGCACACCUUACCCGAACAUAUGCAUUUUUUGUAAACGUUUGGUUAGCAAACUGCAUUGCAAAAUUAGAAUAAGUGUGAAUUUUGAAGAGUAGUGGUAUUUCGGCUCUCAUAUUGUUUUGGAAAGUACAAAUUUGACAGAUUAUCUCACCCAUCAAAUCAAAUUUCUCACUCAUCCCUAGCUACAAUGUGUUGGUGCAUUCUAUUUUACUCCCUACCUUGCAUUCAUGUUAUCUUUCUAAAUGUUUAAUAACUCUCGCAUGAUACUGUUUUCUCCCAUCUUCACUAAAAAAUGAAAUGAAGCAAGCAGAUAUAUCUUCCCGUAGAUACCAUUUUAAAUAAGAAACUGAUUAAUUGAAACACUUGUGCAUUCAUACUUUGCCAAGUUCAGGGUUCUAGUUUUGGUGUACAAAGCUCUAUGCAGCUUGGCAGUACUGUCCCUAGGCACCGGGAAGCGGGGCAGUUGCCCUGGGCCCCGCGCUUUGGGGGCCCCCGCACUUGGUGAUCUGCAUAUUAUAUCCUACUUUGCCAGAGUUCAAGCCUCCAGCCCCUGCUGGAAACCCUGAAGGACACUGCUGCUGCGCUGGGAGUGCUGUCCGACGCACUGCUGACCCUCUUGGUGUUCCUGAAUCUGGCGCCUGCGCGGUGCUGCCGCAGCUCAGUGCCUGCGCAGUUGCGCCAUCUGGCAUUCUGAGGGAAGAGGAGAAGCUGCAGACCCAGCUGUUGUUGUCGCCUUCACUGCUGCUGCCGUGAGAAGCUCGUCCUGUUCCCUCCUCCUUCCCCCUUUUCCCAGUCUCCCCUCAGAGAGAAGGAAGAAGGAGCAGGCGGCGCUGUCCAGUAAGGACCGAGUGGGGGCCCGGGUGGGGGAAGGGAAUGGAAACGCCCCCCCGACCUCCCUCCAAGCUGGGCUGAUGUCGAGGGGGGUUGUUGUGUUGCUCGCCGCCGCCCAGGCAGGUGUUCUGAGAUACAGCUCUUCCCCAAAUAAAUAACCAAGUAAAAAAGCUGACAUGGGAAGCUGCCUUAUCCCAAGUCAGACCUCUGGUCCAUCUGGCUUAUUUUUGUCUACCCUGACUGGCAUCGGCUCCUCAGGAGUUCAUCCUCAAAGCUGUUGUUGUUGUUAAUAAUAGGGUAGCUAGACCAGCCUCCCUGAGCCUGAUGCUGAUUGCCACCCUGGCCUCCUGCUGAGGAAGGGCGGGAUAUAAAUUAAAUUAUAAAUAAAAAUAAAAUAAAAUAAAUGCUUUCCAAAUAUUGUUGGACUCCCAGGAGCCAGUACUCCCAGUGGCUAAGCAUGGCGAUGGGAGCUGGAGUCCCUAAAAAAUCAGGAAGACUGAGGAAGGCAGAGCUAGACUGUAGCAUGUUCAUGUGUGGUGGUGGUGAUUUUAUCAUGCUCCUUAAUCAUUUUAUGUAGCACACUCUGGGACCAUUCUGUGAAAGGUGGGUUAUAAGUAUAAAUAAUAAAGGGAUGAAUAAUGAAAUAAAUUAUCAUUGUGAAAUGCAGUGUAAAGAAAUAAAAAUGUAGUGCAGUGAUCAAGCACCUGCUUUGCAUGGAGAAGGUCUUGGGUGCAAUCCUUCCCAUUUCUGGGUAGGGCUGGGGAGACUUCCUGCCUGAAUCCUGGACAGCUGGUCAGUGUCGAUGAUACAGAAGAAGAUGGACCAAUAGUCUGACUUGGUGUAAGCAGACUAACAUGGAUGGAAAUAGUAGAAACCUAAAGCAGGUUUGACUCAGCUGUAAGUCCCAUUUACCUCAGUGGGGCUUAUGUGUGUUUAGAACUGCAUCGGUGAUGCGUUUUUACCCUACAACUGCUUUUAAAUCUGUUUCAAUUUUGAAAAAAUGUUUCAGUUUAAUGUCUUACUUUAGAAAUUUAUGAGCUGCUUUUGCACAUUCAUCUGAAAAAGUGGGAUAUAAAUUAUAUAAAUACUAUUGAUACUCCAAACAAAAAUAUAUUGGAUCCAAUCUGAGCCAGCACUAGAACUACCCAAAAGGUUAAAUAAAUAAUAGUAAAGGCAUUUGCCAGAUUCUUCUGAUUGUGCUAGAGUAACCUCUUCCUCCUUCACUACUAUGUUGUUUUGGGCAGUUUACAAUUUUUUUUGAAAGAUUAUACCUAGCCUUGAGCACCAUUUGGCUGAGAAGGUGCUUAAGACAUGUUAAUAGUGAUAAAAAGUGCAUUGAGCAGGGGGUUGGACUUGAUGGCCUUAUAGACCCCUUCUAACUCUAGUAUUCUAUGAUUCUAUGGAAAAUGUAUAUUGUGGUGUCACUUGGGUGUUCACUUCAAAGUGCUUUAUUUAUUAUAUCUCCUUUCAUAUAGUAUUACAAGGUGAUGUACACACAAAUAUAAGAACAGUAAAAUAUUAAUAAAAUUUACUAAAUAUAUAUAUAAUAUAUAAAGAGAAAGAAUGUGAGGGGGCCCCAACUAUGCUUUUGCCCCGGGCCCCGCACAUGCUAAGGGCAGGCCUGCAGCUUGGGACCAGGAUACCUGAAAGAUCAUCUUAUAUGCCCAGUUGAGAUCAUCUUAUAUGCCUCCUACAGAUGCCAUCUUAUCAGGAGGUCCGUUCUGCAUAACAUAGGAAGCGGACCUUUAGUGGUGUGGCACCUACCCUUAAAUAUUAGACAGGCGCCAUCUCUGUUAUCUUUUUGGCAACUAUUGAAGACCUUCCUCUUUCAACAAGCCUUUUAAGUAAAACUUUAUCCCAGUCUGCGUCUGUGCUGGAAUUGCUUUUUAAGAUAUUUGUAAAGUUGUUUUUUAAAGAUGUUUUGCUUUAAUAUGUUUUAAAAAAUUUAAACAGAUGUUUUAAAGUGCUUGUAGUGUUUUUGUUUACCGCCCUGGGUUCCUUCUAGGAGGAACAGCGGGAUAUAAAUCUUUUAAUGACAGUUAUAAUAAUUCACAGUUAGGAAGUUGAUCUCAUUAUAUUUCUUCUGGGUGGCAGCUAAGCCCUGGUUGCUCAGAUCUGCAACACAGGACAAGGGAGUAGGUAGGUCCAGCCUCUUGAGCCAGGUGAAACUAAGCCCUUCUAUGGAAAAGUGGUGACAGAUGACUCUGAUAUUCUCACCUCCUGGGCUCCUGCUGGGAGGAAGAGCAGAUUAUAAAUCAAAUAAUAAAUAAAUAAAUCUCUCUGUGAAAUUCAACCAGUGGAAUGCACCUCCACCACAUAGGUCGAUUGAUUGGGUUCUCCUAGCCAGUCAUUAGUUGUAUUUGCCUUUGUAGAACGAUGCUAACAGAAGUUGGUAAUAUCUGCAAAGCUUGAGAGACAGCAACUCAUAAUCUGUACAGUUGUGGGAGGGGGUAUCUGGAGCUCCAUUCCAAAGAGAGACUAGCUUACUCUUCAGAUUUUUGAGUGCUGAUUUGAGUUUGAGCUGCAUGUUAAUUUGGAGAAUCGCAAUAAAUAAGUGAUGCUGUUUUCUUGAACUUUUAUUUCUCCUUCUUACCUCCCCCCCUUUGAUCAGAAAGGCUUCCCACCUUCAGCUCAUGACAUUCGUGUUGCAGUAGCCUGAAAGUGCCACUCAGAUUCAUAGCUGAAUAUCUGUAAUCUG